GGUAGAUUCCCAAAACCUACACCAGGCAGGGAGAGAGAGGGGCCGGGGCGGGCCUGCAGGGGGGCCCUCUCCAAUCCCUCAACAACAUUUUGAGCCACGCGACGCUAGCUGCCGGUUGGAUCCGCCCGUGAAAUCAAAACCUCUCCGUCGCGGCUCAUGCACGCACGCGGCGCCGGCCUCCCUCUCUGCCCUUCUUGCGAAAUUAAAAGAAUUCCCAACAAAUAGCCAAUUCUCUCGUCCGUCGAUUCGAUUUAAAUAGGGGGACAAAGAUCGGGCGCAGGUGCUGGCUGGCACGCAACAGGCUUUGAUUUUUGGUGCUAUCUCCUUGUUCCCUCGGAUUGUCCUUCUCGCUGUCGCCGCCGAGGGCCGGCGACACCGAGAGGUUAAGGAGGAGGGGAAGGCGGGGCCAUCAUGGACGCGCACAAGGGAGCGGCGGGAGGAGGCGGCGAGGUGAGGCGGAUCAACGUGGUCUACUUCCUGAGCCGCGGCGGCCGGACGGACCACCCGCACCUCUUCCGCGUCAACCACCUCAACCGCGCCGGCGGCGGCGUCCGCCUCCGCGAUGUCAAGAGGUGGCUCUCCGAGCUGCGCGGCAAGGACAUGCCGGACAAUUACUCCUGGUCCUACAAAAGGAAGUACAAGGCCGGGUACGUGUGGCAGGACGUGAAGGACGACGACCUCAUCACCCCCGUCUCCGACAACGAGUACGUGCUCAAAGGCUGCGACGCCCGGGGAACACCACCUCCUUCCGGCUUCCAAGCGCCAAGAAGGACUUCUUCCUUUGCAGGCGAGAAUAAACGCAAGGAGGAAGAGGAGGAGGUGAGGACGCCGUGCAACGACGAUCAGAGCCGCCCCGUGGAGGUGGUGCUGACGCCGGACUCUGACGAGAGCUCCCCGAAGCCGCCGCCGCCGCUAGCCGACCAGGACUCGCCCGGAGGCUGCGAGUCGGCGCGCCGCAGCAGCACGGCCCCGUUCAAGGUCGAGAAGCAGCCGCAGGGCCUUGUUGACGAGCAAAAGCAGCAGGAGCAAGUGGUGAUCAAGAUCGAGGUGUCGCGGUCACAGAACCACCAGCGGCAAAAACACGCGGACGACGACAAGGAGGACGAAGCGGCGACCGAGAAGAAGGCCGACACCAAGGCUGCGGCGCCCGCGCCGGUGGAGGAGCAGCAGCAACCGCAGGGACAGGGACAGGGAGAGGCGGGGGCCGGCGGCGUCAGCAGGGGCCACGCGGCGCACGCGGUGGGGAAGCAGGCGCGGAGGAUGCGCGUGGUGCGGGCGCUCCACAACAUGCUGACGUGCGCGCGCGCCGACGCCGAUGACGCCGCGCUCCGUCCCCUGGCGACGCGGCGGCAGGACGGCGGCGGCGGCGGUUACAACGACUGGCCGCCCACGCCGACGUGUCCCGGCAUGGAAGGCUGCGGCCUACGCGUGAGCAGGAAGACGGCGAGGCCGCGGAAGGGCGGCGAUGACAAGCAGCGCAAGCGAGACGGGGAGAAGAAGCACGACGCACACAAGCUGGCAACCCUGCCGCGUUGCUCGCAGUGCGGGAAGGAGUUCAAGCCGCAGGAGCUGCACUCGCACAUGCAGUCGUGCCGGGGCUUCAAGGAGCGGAUGAGGAGCAGCACCAGCGCCCGGCCCAGCGCCGACAGGAGGAGGCGCAACUGGACCGCCGGCCACUAUUCGGAGUCGGAGCGGCCGUCCUCGGCCUCCGCCGUCUUCCUGCUCACGGAAUCCUGACGCCAUCGUUAUUCGUACUGAUUGCUCUUCUAGCUGAGAUCUCCAAAACGAAUUACACUAGUGUUGCGGAAUGGGAUGUACAUCGUGCGUGCGGAUUGAAUGAAGCGACACUGGAAUCAAUUUGUUUUUCUAGUUCUGGCAGUGUGCAGCAAUACAUACAUAUACCUGUUUGUCUCGACAUUUUGCUUGCUUCAUGUGUGAAUAAUAGAUGAGUUUCUGGACC